AUGAAAGAGGAAGCGUCAGAUGUGCCAUUAGAAUCGCCCCGAUUAUCUGAAAUUGCAGCCCGAGUGCUGAUCAGUCGGGGCGAUGAGGGAAUGUUUUCAGGGACAAAUUGUCCUACCAUAUCCCUCCCCGCCAGCCAAGCACUUCUACGGCAAAUUCGAUUUGCCUGGAAUCAGUGCAAGGACCCAGAGGCUCGUUCGAAAGAAUGCGCAAAGUUGCACCGAUGGGCACAUGGCGAGAAAUGGCCAUUGGCUGAAUUGGACCUGACGGGUGCUCGAUUGGACGACCGACUCCUUGCUGAUCUUCUACAGGCCCAUUCUGAUCGUAUCAUCUCUCUUGACAUCAUUGAUACUGAGGGAAUCACCGGUGACCUGAAUUCAAUCUUGGAAAAAGACGACAUCACUCUUCCGGGCCUCAGCAGCUUGACCCUCAACAACUUUGAACUUCUUGCUCCCCCACCCCCAAAGCGGAAACAUGGUACUGCGGGUAUCGAUCGGAGGACAGUGCCAAUGCUCGGCGAAGAAGAAUUGUCACAGCAUAUCGAAUCAAAAGGACCCUUGCUCAGACCGACACCCAAUCAUCCUUAUGAUCAGGAAAUCAGCCGCCCCUCCUCCUCCACUUCGCCACUGAACAUGUCGCCCUCAGUGUCUUCUGAUGACUUCCAAGAAGCCCAUCAGCCCCUUCCUAUUACUUCUCGCUGCCCGAAUCUUCGAUUUUUGGCAUUGCCUAGGACUCGCAAAAGCACAGAAGAGGAAGAUGUACACGCGAACGAUAUUCUGUGCCGGGUGUUGAUGCCGUUGGGAAAACUCGAAUAUCUCGACCUAUCAUAUUGGCAUCGGGUCGAAAACUUGCGCUGUAUUUACCCAUGCAAGUUGACGACGUUGAUCCUUUACGAUGUCCCCGAUCUCUACCGGGCAUUGGAAUCGAUUUACUCUAUGACAGAGCUACGCUACCUGGACUUGUCCCAAGCUGCGCGUGAGACGGGCACCUAUCCGAAUCCUGUCGCUACGCUCUGUGCGAUUAUCUCCAAGCUCACGAAGCUGACCCACCUUGAUAUUUCCGGGACCAAUUUAGCUGCUCAACCGACACGGUCCGAUCGAGCGCCUACGGACGUGCGAAUGCGGUCCGACAUCGCCGGGCUGAGCACCCUAAAGCGGCCCCUCGAAUAUUUGGGGCUUUUCAAUUGCGACAAUGCUUCUCAUGUUGCUGAGAUACCAGCCGAGAUGGUGGCCGGAGAUGCUAAUGAGGAUCAAGUGAUCACAGCCCUCAAAAUGUACAGCGAUCGCUCUGGGCUGCUUCAAGCUGUCUUGAAUGAGAGCUAUCAACUGUAUAGAUUCGGAAUGGCCAGUCCAUUGACGCGCCACACAGAAGCACUGCACCUCGUGCUCGAUGCUAUGCGAAAACAUCUUGGAGAUAGCACACUACAAAUCGCCGGGUCCGCCUCCCUCUUCUACAUAAUUCGACGGGUCAAAAUGAAUUGGGAUACGAAGAAAAGCGUUGUGUCUGCUCUGCUAAGCGGCAUGGAGCGACACAUCGAGGAACAAGUGAUGGUGCGUAACUGUUGCCUCUCCCUUUGCCAAUUUGAGAUUCCACAGGAGAUUUUGUUUGAUUAUAGUCGCCUGGCGUUAUUGCUGGUGAAGGUGUUGGAACACCACAAUUCGGACAACCUGACGCAACGCAUCGUCGUCUUCCUUCUGAAUUCGAUGGCCUGCCAUGUUGAGGGAGAUCAGAAAGUGCAAGUCGGAUCGUUGGGAGCUAUUGAGAUGAUCCUCAACCAAAUCCGUAAGAAACAUCAAGCCGCCAUCUGCGAUGACGUGAUGGAAGUUGGAUGGAGUUUCCUUUGGAACAUCACCGAUGAAACGCCAGUCAACUGCGAGAAGUUCUUGGUGGCAUGCGGACUUGAGCUCUUCCAGAAGUGCUACGACGCCUUCAAGAGCGAACGCGAACUGGUGCGCAAUAUGAUGGGAUUGAUCGGAAAUAUCGCGGAGGUGAACGAACUGCGACCACAUCUCAUGCAGAAUAACUACAUUAGCAUCUUUUGCGAUCUACUCAAAACGGUUGAAGAAUCGAUUGAGAUCUCCUACAACAGCGCUGGGGUGUUGGCCCAUAUGGUCUCGGAUGGGGAUGAAGCCUGGGAGCAUGUUGGUAUCAGUCGCCAGGAUGUUAUGGAGCAGAUUGUUGAGGCUACCAAGGGGUGGAAGCUGGAUACACGCCGCUUCAUCAACUAUCGCUCUUUCAAGCCGAUUUUGCGAUUGUUGCCCCAAUGGCAUGCGUUUGCCAGCCAGCAUUGGGCUGUCUGGGCACUUGCCAAUUUGACCACGACUGAUCCUGCAAAAUACUGCCAAUACGUGAUCAACGAGGGAGGUGUCGAGUUGCUUGUGGAUCUUCAGUUGGACAGGCGAACCCAUCCGGAAAUUAAGAAGCUUGUAGAAAUUGUGUUGAAGAUUGUUGACAACUGGAAACAAAGCCUAUUCCGACGUGCCCUACAACCCGGUUUGCGCGAUAUGGAUGUUGACGGUGACAUCGGAGAUAUCUUAGAAGACAAUGAGGUGUUC